AUGGCCUACAAUAAGAGCUACAACCCAGACGCGCUGCCAGCGCAUGCUGAGCCAGAACAGGUCGCGCAAAUGAUCGGGUCGAUGCAAGUAUCAGGAAGGCCCGCGCCCGCGCCUGUACAGUCUCAGAAACCACUUCCAACUCGCCCACCAGGACAGUCUGGUCCUGUUGGUGGUGGCGUUCCUCCUCGAGUCCCUGUUUCCAGCGCUCCUCCGCCACAUAACCCGUAUAGCUCGCCUCCCCCGCGUUCUCAAGAUCUUCAUGUACCAGCUUCAUACAACGGCCGCCCGCCUUCACAAGUACCAAACCAAUACCCUCCCUCAAGUCAGAAUCAUCAUCGACCUCAGCCACACCCUCUGCAUCCUUCUCCUCCGCCGCAGAAUUAUGGAUUUGGUCCGCCUCCAUCACAGGCUCAGCGCAAUCGACCCCCGCUCGCAUCCCGUCCUCCGCAAUCACCUAAUCCCCCACCCCUGACGGCACCUACUGAUGACCCGCAACACCUAUUCCCUCUUUUCCGCGCCGCCAACUCCUCUCAUUCUGGCGCCUUAACAGAGAAUGAAUUGGGUUCGGCGUUGGUCAACGGAGAUUAUACCUCCUUUCACCCCCGCACCGUCAAAAUGAUGAUUCGCAUGUUCGAUCGCGAGGGCAAUGGAAUUAUCAAUUUUGACGAGUUUGUGUCACUCUGGCGCUAUCUUGCCGCUUGGCGCGAGCUAUUCGAUCGAUUUGAUGAGGAUCGGAGCGGGCGCAUCAGUUUACAGGAAUUUGAGAAGGCGCUGGUCGCGUUUGGAUAUCGCUUAAGCCCGCAAUUUAUCUCGGUGCUCUUCACUAUUUUUGAGAGCAAGACCCGACAGUUAGCGGCACUAUCACGGAACCCCGCUCACAAUGGCAUGAGCUUUGAUCUCUUCGUACAAGCGUGCAUCACCCUGAAACGCAUGACCGAUGUGUUUAAGCGGUAUGACGAUGAUCGUGAUGGGUACAUUACAGUGAGCUUCGAGGAGUUCUUGACUGAAAUCCUUCAACUCCAGGAAUAA